UUGGUAAUAUUUGUCAUCACAACAAAUAGAAUUUCUUCAUUCUUUUCUUUGGUGUAUCCAUUUAAUAUGGAAGAGGACUAACAAUCAUUGUGUGGAUAUUCGCAUCGAGGAUAGGACAUUUUAUGGUUUACUGAACUUUUACUUAUGCAAUGCGACUACAUUUCAAUAAAUUUGACACUUACAACAACCUGCGAAUCACUUUGCAAACAGGAGGACUUUUAAGUUACUUUUCUGGAUUGUUUGGCAGCAAAGAAAGGAGAAUUUUGAUUCUUGGUUUGGAUGGGGCCGGCAAAACAACAAUUCUGUAUAGGCUGCAAGUAGGAGAAGUUGUAACAACCAUUCCAACUAUUGGAUUCAAUGUUGAAACAGUGCAGUAUAAAAAUCUGAAGUUUCAAGUUUGGGAUUUGGGUGGUCAGACAAGCAUCAGACCAUACUGGAGAUGUUACUACUCCAAUACAGAUGCUAUCAUCUAUGUAGUUGACAGUAUGGACAGAGAUAGAAUUGGAAUUUCUAAACAGGAACUUUUCUCAAUGUUGGAGGAGGAUGAAUUGAAGAAAGCUGUUUUGUGUGUGUUUGCCAACAAGCAGGAUAUUGAAGGUGCAAUGACAGUGUCUGAGGUUGCUAAUGCAUUAGGUCUUACCCAAAUUAAAUCACAUCAAUAUCAAAUACACAAGACGUCUGCAAUUAAAGGAACUGGAUUAGAUGAAGCUAUGGAAUGGUUGUCAAAUGCAUUGACACAAACAAAGUGAAACUGUGAUAAUGACUGAGUACAGACUGGAUAGAAUUAUGAGGGACAAUCUAUAGAGCUGAGUCUCCUGAGGGUUACAUGCUGUACCAAACGGCUGGAGCAUGUGCAUUUACUUUUAUGAUAAAUUUUACAGUUCGGGCCAGAACUUUCAACACAAACCUUGUCUCUGACUUUAAUGUUUUGUGGUUUUGAUUAAAACCAUAAAUUUUUGCCAUAUUUUUCAAGCAUCAUUUCAUUGCCAAACGUACAUUCAGCCAGUGAUACUGCAUGCCUGCAUCGGAGUUAUUCCACUUGCCAGAGAAAAGUAUUAUUACAUGAUUAAAUAGGCUCUGUUACAAGCAUUCCAGUUCAUGUAUUGUUAUGCCAGCAUGCACUUUAUUUGACUGGUCAGUCAUAACUGGGCAUUAGGUUGUUUUCUCGCAUUGCUCACAGUACAGCAUUAUAUUUCUCUUGAUUUCGCAAUGGCCCAGUUACAGAUCUUUUAUCUAUGGUAUUGGCCUGAGGCCUUCGGCCAAUAUGACUGACUAUGGAUCUGUUGCAGACCUGUUAUGAAAACACAUGUUUAUUGAUGCUGUAGUACUGAAUAUAAAGAUUUUUUUGAAGGCUGUUGCUGUUUGGACCAGGAACAAAUUUUUCACAUAAACAUACCUGAUGCAUAACACAAGUGUGCUAAAAUUGAAAAUUCCAUGUGACCUUGAUUGUUUAGUUUAUCCCAAAGUAUGAUUGUGUUUUUAUACUGUUAAGAAACUUAACUUCCUUACGUUUUCAGUUUGUUUAGUUGGGAUUUGAACUUCAUACUUAGUAAUAUUUUAUGUAAGUUUUUUUCUGUCAUUACAGUGUGUGAGAACUGAAUGUUCUGUUAAAUUUGAUGUUUUUAUGUUUAUGCAUAGGACCAUAUGAUGCUUUAUAUGUCCAUUUUACUGAUAGGAUCACAAAAUUUGGAUAAAAGAAACUUCUUACGGAAGUUUUUCUUAAAAAACAACAUUGAAAACCCUUUUAACUUUUUCUUGCAACACAGGGUGGACUAAUCAUGGACAUAAAAAUGUACUUGAUGUAGAAUUUUCACUACUAAUGGCUCAAAUACCAUGCAAAAAUAUAAUAAAUAUUUCUAUCUUUGGGCAGAAAAAUGAUGAAUUUAUGUUUUUGAUAUGAUUUUAGUUGCUAGUAAGUUCUUUCGUUUAAAAAAUGAGAUAAAUAAAUACCUACUUUUUUUUUUUACUUUUCAAAAAUGGGCAGAAAUGAAAUGAUUAGAUUUUGUGUGAUUUGGGUUCUGAUAUUUAAAACAAUUACCAACAUUUAUUUCUAAACAUAUGCCAAAUUAAAAAAAUUAUAUUGUCUCUAGCUGUAAAGAUAUUUGCAUUAUAUCAAUUCUUGCGUUAAAGAACAUCUGUUAAGUGUAUUUUUUGUUGCAAGCAAAUUCAGUUGCAACAGACCUCAGUCAUCUGUAUCGCCAUAAUAAAAAUGUUAAAAAAAUUUGAUAAAGGUUAAGGUAAAUUUUAUUUACUGCCACUUUGUGAAACAAUUAACAUAGCUCUGUAGAGCUUUUGAGCGACCCAGUUUUAAGAACAGUUAAAACCAAUUAUACCUUACCUCCAGCAAUUUGCUGUUACCCAUUUACAGCUAGGUCGACUGAGGCAAUCAUGAUAAAGUGCCUUGCCCAAGGACACACUGCAAUGGGAGUAGCCAGGAUUCGAACCAGGGGCCUUGAACCUCAGUAGGAAAGGGUCUUAGCCCUCUCGACCACUGCGUCCACACUGUAUUUACACUGAUACACUGUAUUUAGUUUUGGUUAGAAAUCUGCACACAUACUGUUUAAUAUCUAUACAGACUGAGGUACUGAAGAAAAAGGUAUUGAAUGUUUUCUGUUUCUGUAAUCUUUAUGGUCAAGUUUUUGAUGCGUUAGUGACAGUUCUUGAUUUUUUUUGUGAAGUGUGCGCCUAAAUGGCAUCUGUCUACAUGUGAACACUUUUCAUCUCAUUUUCAUGCUCCAUUUAAUGUUUGCACAUGUAUUUCAUGUUUUUUAUAUGUUCAUUUUACUGGGAAAUGUGCAGGUACUGUGCAUGUUAUUUAUUUUCUUGUAUUUUAGUGUAUUAAUGAAUGUAUUUAUUGAAUAGAAAUAUAAAUAUUUAAUGAAAA